GAAGUUCUCAGUCUGGAUCUGGCAGCGGAGGAGAACGGAUCGGAAAGAUGGCGACCUGCCCUGCCCUGUGUACCCUUUUCAUCGCCCUCAUCGUACCCAGCCUUGCCCGGUACAUCGAGGCUCUCGCCGCCAAUGCUGCAUCGGGGUUCGCCAUGACUGAGCCUCAGGUGGCCAUGUUCUGCGGGAAAUUAAACAUGCACGUCAAUGUUCAAACCAGCAAAUGGGAACCAGAUCCCUCCGGGUCCAAAAGCUGUUUCCAAAAAGAGGACGAGAUUCUGGAGUACUGCCAAGAGGUGUACCCCGAAUUUAAAAUCACCAAUGUGGUGGAAGCCAGCCAGCCAGUCAGCAUUGAUAACUGGUGCAAGAAGGGCAAGAAGAAUUGCAAAGGCCACAGCCACAUCGUAGUGCCCUACAAGUGUCUAGUGGGUGACUUUGUAAGCGAUGUUCUCCUGGUUCCUGAGAAGUGCAAGUUCUUCCACAAGGAGCAGAUGGACCUGUGCGAGAAGGAACAGUACUGGCAGAGCGUGGCUCGAAAGGCCUGUGUGACUGAGGUCAUGAUCCUCCAUAGUUACGGAAUGCUGCUUCCAUGUGGCGCCGGCCAGUUCCGCGGCACAGAGUAUGUCUGCUGUCCCCAUGCCAAGAAACUGGCAGAGCCUCUGUCUAAAGAAGAGGAGGAAGAUGAUGAGGAGGAAGAUGAAGAUGAGGAUGACUAUGAAGCCUACAAGAGUGAAUUCCCCACUGAAGCUGACGUAGAAGACUUCACAGUCGCAGUGGAGGAUGAAGAGGAAGAGGUGGAGAAUGAAGAUGAGGCUGUAGAAGAUCGUGAUUAUUAUUAUGACAAUUACAAGGAUGAGGACGAAUAUAACGAUGAGACACCCACAGAAGUCAUCAAUGGGCGGACAAUAUCUGAUAAAGAGAUCAUUACCGAUGUGAAAGCUGUCUGCUCUCAAGAAGCCACAACUGGGCCCUGCCGCGCCAUGUUUCCUCGCUGGUACUUCAUCCCUGAACAGCAAAGGUGUGUCAAGUUUAUAUAUGGCGGCUGCGGUGGCAACAGGAACAAUUUUGAGACGAAGGAAUAUUGCAUGGCAGUUUGCAAAGUCAUGAUCCCUUCCACCUCUGCUCCACCUGAUGAUGUGGACAUCUAUCUAGAGACCCCAGCUGAUGACAAUGAGCACGCUCGCUUCCAGAAAGCCAAAGAGCAGCUUGAGGUGCGACACCGCAACAGGAUGGACCGGGCCAAGAAAGAGUGGGAGGAAGCUGAGCACCAGGCCAAGAACAUGCCAAAAGCUGAGAAACAAACCCUGAUGCAGCAUUACCAGGCCACAGUGAAGGCCCUAGAGAAGGAGGCAGCACAUGAGAAGCAGCAGCUUGUGGAGACCCACUUAGAGCGCGUGGAGGCCAUGCUGAAUGAUAGACGCCGCAUUGCCCUGGAGAACUACCUGUCGGCCCUGCAGGCUGAGCCCCCUCGUCCUCACCGUAUCCUGCAGGCUUUGAAGAAGUACGUUCGCGCAGAGAACAAAGACAAGCUGCACACCAUCCGUCAUUAUGAGCAUGUUCUGACUGUGGAUCCAGAGAAAGCAGCACAGAUGAAGUCCCAGAAUCAUGCAGAUCAACUAGACAAUGAUGUGAUGACCCAUCUCCAUGUAAUUGAAGAACGAAUGAACCAGAGUCUGUCCCUUCUCUACAAAGUGCCAUAUGUGGCCGAACAGAUCCAGGACGAGAUUGAUGAACUCCUGCAAGAGCAGAAGUCAGACAUGGACCAGUUCACAUCCUCUUUCUCCGAGUCGCAGGGUGACGUACGGGUGAGCUCCGAGGAAAGCGAGGAAACUCCUGUGAGAGAAGGGAAACCAUAUCGGCCUUUCCAGGUCAAAACAUUCCCAGCAAUCACUGAAUCUGAAGAAGCGUCACAGGACUCCUACCUGCCAGUCAGAAAAGGAUCCGGAAUGGCUGAUAAGCCUCUGAUCGGAGCCGAAGAGAAAAUUCUCAACAGCAAGAGCAAAGCCGACAAGAAAGUGGUGAUUGAUGAGACCCUGGAUGUUAAGGAAAUGAUCUUCAACGCGGAGAGAGUCAGCGGGUUGGCGGAUGAGCCAGAGACUGAAAGUCUGCGUAGCGAAUUCAGCUUCAGCGGCAGCACUUUGAUUGGCCUCCUGGUCAUUGCCGUGGCCAUUGCUACCAUCAUCGUCAUCAGCCUGGUCCUUCUGAGGAAGAGACAAUAUGGCACCAUCAGCCAUGGUAUUGUGGAGGUGGAUCCAAUGUUGACCCCAGAAGAACGCCACCUGAACAAGAUGCAGAACCACGGCUAUGAAAACCCAACAUACAAAUAUCUGGAGCAAAUGCAGAUCUGAGGAGGACCUGACCGGGGAUAAUUGGGGAGGGGCAGUUGGGUCCAUAGGGUGGGCUAAGAGUGGGUAUUGGGGCCAAAGACGAGGGGGGCCGGGCAUCGAUUUUGGGUUUUCACUGCUGACCAAUUAUUAUUUUGAAGCGAGAGCUUGCCUGCCUCCCUGGGCGCUCACGGACUCUUUAAUGAUCACUUCCUGAAAAUUUUAAUUUUUAUUUUUUUCCUUGACAUUCUUUUAAACGGGUGACAGAAUAGAGUUAAUAUUGGAAUCUUCACUGAAUAUUUUAUUGCUGAUCUUGUAAGAUGUAGAGAUUUUGUUUUUGUUUUUUUAUUAAUCAGAAAACAGCUCAACAUUCAGAUUACAUGUGUGUGUGUCUCCUACAUAAAGUAUAAAUAUAUAUAAAUAUAUAUAUAUAUGAAUGGGGGGGUGGGGAGGGGGAAGUUACUUUCUAUCUGUAGAAUGUUUGUGGAUUCUGCUUCUUUCUAUUCCGUCAGAUUAUUUAAGAAAAACAAAAAUCGUAUAAAAAAAAAAUAAAUGGAUGCAAUUAAGCCAACGACGUUGCAGACGGAAACGUUAAGACUUGUUAGAGUGUGUAAGUUUGUGAUUCUUCCUGUUUGUAGCGAGGGGGGAGGGGGGUCACUGCCACACCCACAGUCAGCUGACAUCUCCUCGCCGCGAUAGACUGGAUAUCGUUUCAGUUUUUUUCUUUUAAAUUCCGCUCGUGAAAAGCUAAAAUGUACUACUGAUGUGUGUUUUUUAUUUCUUUUUUUUGUUUUUGGCUCCUCGGCCAGUAUCUUUUGGUAUAAUAUGUGGCGCCUUUCUUGUUCUUGAUACCGAUACGUGUGCUGUUGUUUCAUAAUAGGGGGUCAAUCUAUCACCAUCAGGGGGUUCUGCGCGGGCUUGCCUUGCCAAAUAGGUAUUAUUGCACUUUACUCGCUCGUUCGCUCCGCGUCAUCUGCGAUCGGUGCCAAGAACAAGCUUUUUAGAGGGUGAUGCAUGCCGGGAAGGCGCUGACCAGCUUUUGAAAUUUGUGGUUUUGGGUCCAGAAAUAACUAAACACUGUGUGUGGCAGAGCCAGGCGCGAAAUCUCGCUUAGUAACCUGGAGGGGGGGAGGGGGAAGCUGCAGCUGUUUGGGUUGUAAACUCCCCGUGUCUCUACUGCUUGUAAAAAAUUAAUGUUCGCAAUUGCACCAUCAUCUCAAAUUUCAUUCUCAGCAAAUUUUUAAGGUUCUGGUAACCUGUGGUCGUGCGUCUGUUAUAUUCUUCUGUUUUCCUGAGUUCAUUUCCAUUACUUUUUUUUUUUUUCAUUUUUUCGUCCUUUAUCAUUUUUACUGCACUAUGCACAGAAUCAAGUUUAACCUGCAAGAUCCCUUUGUGUGUUGUGUGGGAAUGUUCAAAUUGGAAAACAAACCACGUCAAUAAACACUAACUUCCAUAAA